ACAAUAGAGGCUUAUAAUAAUAACCAUAAUAAUAGUCUUUUAUGAGACAAUAUAUGUAGAUGGAGUGGAGAUAAGUGAUGAGUAGUAGUAGUAGUAGUAGUGAUUAACUAGCUAACUCUGUGUAUCUGUAUAUUGUACUGAACCCCAUUUAAGGCUUUGAUGUGGGAUUAAAUUGUUAGGUGUAGGAAGCUGAAUUGGGAGAGAAAACACUUAACUGGUUGUUGCAGAUAGAUAGAUAGAUUGGGAAAGAUAAAGCAAAGUAUGUCUAAAGUUGUUUCUCUCUCUCUUUUUUUCACUCAUGAAUUAUUUCUAUUUUACUAAAGUUGCUUUUGCUUGUCUAUGUUAGUUAUAUCAAUCUCUCUCUAGUGUUUUAGUCUUUCUCUUUCUUAUCUCAAUCUCAUUCCUUUAUUCACGCUGCUCUCAUUUUAUAGUGUCAUCACUUUUUUUCUCUUCCAUCUAAAACAAAAAAGAAAAAACCAAAACUUUCCCAUUUCUCCUAAGUCCAUUCCCAUUCCCAUUUGCUAGAACAAAACAAUAAAAACCAAGUAUCCAAGAGAAAGAAGAAGAAAAAAUGUCUGAAUUUUCUAUGUCAAGAAGAGGCAAGAGAAGUAAUGGUUUGCCUAGUUUUCUUCUUUAUGAUCUCUUAAAAUUUUGUUUCUUUGCUCUUUCACACCCUUUAUACUUCUCUUACUUCAUUUUCUUCUCACCAUAUCUUUUCAAGGUUUUUUCUUUUCUUUCACCACUUUUCAUCACCACAACUCUUCUCCUACUUGCUUUCAUCACUACUCUCUCUCCCGGUUUUGUCAAAGAUGAUGGUGAUGAUGAUGAUGAUGAUGAGUUGUCACAAUACAAGGUUGGUUAUCUGACUUUCACUUACCAAACUGUUUUGGAGAAAUUAAGGUCUAAAGUUGAAGACAAUGAAGAAGAAUUUCAGCAUUUUGAGGAGCUUAAUGAAGUUUUCAAAAUUGUGUUUGACACAUCAUCAACAUUGGAAAGUGUUGGAGAGAAUAUUCCUGCUGAUCUUCUGGAGGAAGUUGUUAAAGAAACUUGCUUAGAGGCUUAUGAAACUCCUGUGGACAAGUGUUCAAUUCUUGAGUACAAUGCUUCCGAGUCAAAAAAAGAAGACAAAGAAGAAGAAGAAGAAGAAGAUGAUGAUUUUAUUGAUUUCGAGAAAAACCCGGUUGAGAUUACUCAAAUGGAAAUCAAACAACCAAGUUUGGAAGCAGAGUGUACUCUGAAAUGGUGUUUGGAAGAAGAGAAAGUGUUGGAAAAUAUGUCACACAAAAAGGAAGACACUAAUAAAGAAGAAAAAGAAGAAGUGUUCACAAGAAUGGAAUCCAAGGACAUUAAAGUGGAUACUAAAGUAAGUACUAUUACUACUACUAAUAACUCUUUUGCAGGUCUUGGUGACUAUAAUCAAAAUGAUCAAUCUAAUAACAUGGUAGAAGAUCAAGAGGAGGAGGAUGAGGAGGAUGAUUCUCAAACAAUGGCUUCAAAUCUUGGAAGUUUUGGUUCAUUGAGGAGAGAAAAAGAGUGGAGAAGAACAUUAGCUUGUAAACUCUUUGAGGAGAGACAUCAUCACAAUGUGGAUGGAGGAGAAGGAAUGGAUAUGCUUUGGGAGACAUAUGAGGCUGAAUCAGACAAGCAUGUUAAGGCCACUAACAAAAAUACCAUUAAGAAAGGAAAGAAAGGUGUAAUUGAGUAUAAUCAUGAAGAUGAUGAUGAUGAUGAUUUUGAUGAUGAGACUAAUGGGCAAUUAUGUUGUUUACAAGCCUUGAAAUUCUCAGCUGGGAAAAUGAAUUUAGGUAUGGGAAGACCUAAUCUUCUUAAGAUUUCUAAGGCAUUGAAAGGAAUGGGAUGGUUGCACCAUGUUACUAGGCAUGGUAAGAAGAGGAGCAAUUGAGUCACCAAAAAAAAAAUUCACUUUUUUACUUUUUUUUUUACCUUUGUUAUGUUUAAACCAGAUAAAUGGCAUUGCAAAAUGUGUAUCUUGGUUGAAUAUUAUGAGUAAAUAUGUCUCUUUUCUCUUAGUCUCUAUAAGAUUAUUUUCUUUUUUGUUCUUGUUUAUAACACAAUAAAGAAUAAUAAACCAUGCUUAGUUAA